AUGGUUUUGAUGAAGGAAAACAAUCUUCCCCCACUGUUAUGGCUUCUGGAGCGCGUCACUAAACUCAUUCAGGGAAAGGAUGGUGUUGCGGGAGUAGCUGAAGUAAAGACCAAGAAAGGGCAUCUUCUUCGAGCCUAUAAUCGCCUCGUGACACUACCAGUUGAAGCGGACUGGACCACUUCAAAGCCGGGGAGCAUAUUGCGUUUUAUCGUAAAUCGAAACGCAACAGUGACAAAUAGCCGAGGCCAAUCAAAAAAUUUGAAUUAA